CACGAAAUGCUCGCCGACAUUCUCAUAAUCAGCCUCAACUUGACCAGCGACGGUAAAGAUGGAUUUCUACCUCCGCUGCAACUCUCUCAGCUGUCGAGGGUCUUUAAAGGAGCGAGCGGUUGUUACUACAUGCUCACAUAUUUUCUGUCUUCAGUGUGCUGAAGCUCUUGGGCUCUCGCGUCCCACCGGAGGCGAACGUCGCUGUCCCGCAUGUGAUAUGACCCUUAUCAACCCAGACGAUGCCGUAUCGACUGUUCUUAAUCCGACAGAGGACUACAAAACAAGCGUGCUUAGUGGCCUCGAUCCAAAUACGAUAAUGGAAUGUACUGGGCGAGCUUUACAAUUUUGGUCCUAUCAAACGACUCAAGAAAUCUUCUACCAGGAAUUCCUAGGAAAGACAUUGACAGACAAAUACACAAACUUGAAUUCUCAGAUGGACAAAGUAAUUCAUAACGCCAACAAAGAGAUUUCAACGUUACAGACGAGACUUAUUGACAUGCAAACGGCACAAGAACAACUCCGCAAAAAGAAUCAAGAGCUUGCUGAUAUGUAUCGUGAGAAAUGCAAGAAGUUCACUCAAAUCACUCACUUAUACAACCUCCUCAAAUCUCGAGCCAUGAGAUCUCAAAUGCAAAAUGCUGCCGCUUCCCAGGCAUUCAACGAUCUGGAAAUAUCGCGUAAUGGUCCAGCAAGCUUAGUGGCGCAAGCUCACAGUGCACAGGCACCUCCACAAACUCCGUCAGCGUUCCAACAGAGGACAAAUCCUGUGGAUCUGGAUGGAGUAGAACAACUUCAUCGACACCAGCGGAGCGGUACCGGGAGUUCGAAGGGAACAAAGAAAAAGUCUAUUCCGACAGCUAUGGCCCCUCCAAGCCGUCCAUCCAUUGGCAUGAGGAGGGGAGAACCCCCAAAUGCUACCCCCCAGCAUCGCACACGACUUGCGGGUGCCUCACGUCCUUCCACAUCAACCGGGUUGUCCCAAUUGCCGAAUGAAAAUAUAAUGCUAGAGCGUUUUCAUGCUGAGCGACCACCCACUGUGACUGAAGGGUUUAUGAACGAUCAUCAUCACCACUCUAGUCGCCGGCAAACCUUAAACGUCCAGACCGGCAGAUCUCCAGACGAGACGCCGGGAAUAAGAUCGUUCUUCAAUACCACAAUGGGUUAAUACUAUGGAAAUCGGACAUAGUGUCGUAUAAUAGAAUUGCACGACCCUAUCAUAUUGAUUUAAUGGUAAAUUGGGUGAGUGGUUAGCAUUGCGGGAACUAUAUAUGGUCUACGCGACAGAGCAUAUCAUUCAAAAACAUGUAUUAGUGAGCCCGUAUAUUAGCCACAAUGACCCUCUAGAUAUAAUGAUAUUCGCAGAAAUAUCUUAAAGAUCAUAGGAUACGUCAACUUAGUGUGGUUUUGUCCUUACCUAUAUUCAAUCGAGGUUACCAACUGC